AUUCUUGUCUAAGGAAUUUCUAAUUCACACACACAAAAUAUUGUGUAGUCUUGCUUAUUAUUAACAUAGCAAUUGUCUAAUUUCGUAUAUAGAUAUAUGUAUAUAAUUAUAGGGCUUAAGAAUAUAUAAUAGAGAAAAUGCCUUGCAGUUUGCGUGAAAAGGGUAUAUCAUCCCUGACCAAAAGCGACAAAGAGAAGGAUGUCCUUGCACCGAAACCAGUGCAUCCGCGUGCCUUGCGUUUCCAUGGCUUAUUUGGUAUGUCCUAUGUUCGUCAACAUUUGAUGGUGGAUGAAAGAUGGACACCGAAUUCGUUAACUGAACAAUUCAAGGGAAUGACCGAUUUGUUAACUCGUCGAGUGGUAUUCAAAUCGCACGAAUCGAAGGCUAAUCGUUUGCGUUAUUUUCGCGAGAAUAGACGAUUGAAGUUGCAAUGUCGCGAUGGAAGGACCAAAUUGCAGAACAUCAUUGCCAAUGAUAAUACACAUAAAAUACGCAAUUUCCUUAUUAACCAUAGGGAUAUGCAGCGUUUAUACCAGAAAAUGCCCAUACAUCUUGUGGUCGACAAUAUAAAUCAGCGAACAUUUGUCCUGCGUAAAGAGAGGGAUCGUUUGGAAUUUCGUUUGGAUCAGCUGAAAAAACACUACAAAGAUUUGCUGCUAGAGCGUGCGAUGUUGGAGAAUCGUAUCAAGUACCAAAAUGAAUUCGUAUUGGAUGAGGAACUCAAAUCUCGUGUGUUUUUGAAAAAAAUUGAAAACUCUAAUGUUCGAUUGAAGGCCAUAAAGACUAUUAAUAAUACCUAUAAGAAAAUGAUACAAGUUCUCUUACACGAUGAGAUAUUUUAUGAGCCUAUACUCCGAUCUCUCAGCUCUGAUAUGGAAGAUCAAGUGAACUUUAUUAAACAUAUUCUAUAUCUUGGUAUGCCAGCUAUAGCAAAGUUCAAGGAGCUCAAUGAAGAAUAUCGUCACAUGGAGGAGAAGUCCCGCAAAAAUUUACAAGCCAAGUUGCAAAUGUUGUCCGCACUGAGAAAGCCAGCGAAUUCGCCAAGUCAGAUACACACAAAGGCCAAGGAGGAACAAGCUCCAACCACAAAUCUGAAGCGAUAUGUACGUGAAACGCAGAGCAUGAUGAUACUAAAGUUGGAACUCAAAUCAAUCGAAAAGACGAUUAAGGAGGUGAAAUUUGUGACCCUUUGCUCUCAGGCCAGAGAGAUAUAUCCACGUAUGAAGAGCCAAGUGGAUAACAAUGAUAAGCUGCAUCGAAUGAUUGUCAACGAUGUCCUGGCCCACGAGAUGUUGGAAACUAAAAUGAAAUGCGCUAGUGUUCUUAAGGGUGUUUUGGUUAACAAUCUUUCCGAAGAAGAGAUCAAUCGGCAGGAACGUAUUAAGGACUUGAAGAAAAUAUUGCAUAAAGAUGAACAAUUCGAACAGGAGACUCUACAGCAUCUCAAGAAUCGUGCUGAUGCCUAUGUCAUGCUGAGAUUAAGCAUUUGGAAUCUGGUGGAAAUACUGCGACAUGUGGAUCGUCAACCCAAACUCAUACGUUCCCAGUAUCCAAAUUCGUAUUUGAAAUUGCCAUUACUUAAAUUCGAAAUGCUUAACAUGCGAGCUGCUGCUCCAGAGAUUUUCGAAGAAAACAUUGACAACAUAAUGCACAUAGUGAAGCGAAAGAUCUAUAAGCUAAUGAAGGGUUAUACUGUGGAACUGAAGCCAGCUACCAUUAAGCGCAAUGUGGAGGAAUAUCAUGCCGAUUUCUUGGCCAGCUUGGAUAUGUAUGAGCACGCCAGUCCAGAUGAGCAACAGCAGGCAGUGCCUGAAGAAGAUCUCCUGCAGGAGAACAAAACGAUGGCCAAUGUACCAAAUCGCAAACAGAUUAAAGCCCAAAGUGCCAAACUGGUGGAAGAGUUAUCUAAGCGGGAUGAUUAAUAUUAGUUUAAGCGUUUUUAGUUGGAUGAUUGCUAGUGUAAUGGUUUAACCCCCAGAUAACUUUUUCUUCUUUUUGAUAGUCUCGGUGCAUUUCAAAAUAUAAACAA